AUGGAGGGGAUCUUCAAGGAAUCCACUUUGAGGCACCUGGAUGAGGGGAAAGUGAUCAGGAAUAAUGAACAUAGAUUCACAAAGGGCAGGUCAUGUCUGGCCAACCCGAUUAGCUUCUAUGAUGGAGUAAAUGGCUCUGUGCACAUGAGGAAGUCGGUGGAUGUGAUGCAGAUUCAGACUAACACGGCUACCCCUCUGAUAGGUGACUUCAAGAGCACUGAAUCUUCCAUUCAGGUUCCAGUGACAAGAAUAUCACGAGCUUCAUUUCCAAAGAUGACCUAUUCCGAGAGCGACCCCGGCAAGAACCAGACCAUCUCCGGUGGGCUCAUCCUGGUGGGGUUUUCCUACCUUAACAAGCUGCAAAUCCUUCUGUUUCUGCUGCUGCUGGUCACCUACCUCCUCACCCUGGUGGGGAACAUUCUCGUUAUCAUCCUGGUAAAGAUCAACCCUUCCCUCCAUACCCCCAUGUAUUUCUUCCUGGUCAACCUGUCCUUCCUGGAAAUCUGCUUCACCUCCAGUGUGGUCCCUCAGCUGCUGGUUCACCUCCUGGUGGAGGAAAAGACCAUCUCCAUUGCGGGCUGUGCAGCUCAGAUGUUGGUCUUCAGCAUCAUGGGCCUCACGGAAUGCUGCCUCCUCGCGGCCAUGGCCUACGAUCGCUACGUGGCCAUAUGCCAUCCCCUGCACUACACCACCAUCAUGAGUAGCAAGGCGUGCGUACAGCUCACGGGGUCUUCAUGGAUCAUCGGCAUCUCUCUGGAGGUAGCUCAGACCACGUGGAUCUUCAGCCUGCCCUUGUGUGGCUCCCACCGCAUCCACCACUUCUUCUGUGACAUUGCACCGGUGGUGAAGAUGGUCUGCACCGACACACUGAAGAUUGAUAUACUAGGGUUCUUUAUCACCGUGAUUUUUAUCAUGGGUCCUUUCUUGAUUAUAAUCCUGUCCUACGUCUAUAUUAUCUCCACCAUCCUGAAGCUGCCCUCCGCAGAGGGGAGACGUAAAACGUUCUCCACCUGCUCCUCCCACCUCAUGGUGGUGAAUUUGUUUUAUGGAACGAGCCUUAUCACUUACCUGUGGCCAAAUUCUAGCCCCACCCUGGAGAAUGAUCAAAUAGUUUCCCUGUUGAACACAAUAGUGUCACCUAUGUUGAACCCCAUGAUAUACACACUGAGGAACAAAGAGGUGAAGGGAGUCUUGAGCAAAAUACUUGAGAAGAGAAGACAAAGAUCAGGUUAA